CUGUGGGGGCCGGGGACUGAGUGUACAUGGUCAAUAAUGAGUCAAUCUGCUGAUCAAUAAGAAGGGUUCAUGUGGGAUGUGUGAGCACUGACAGUCUGUAUUCUGCACAGAGAGACCAGAGAUGAAGCUCACACAUUCGCUCCUCUGCCUGUUCGUGGUUGUGUCCUCUGCUUUGUCAGAUGACCCAGUUGUGAACGUUAGAGGUGCUCGUCCUAUCGAACACGGCUACAAGGCACAAGACACCUGUAAGACAAAAGAAUGGCCUAUGUGUACAGAUGACGACUGGGGAAGCAAAUGUCCAUCUGGCUGCCGAGUUCAAGGCCUCAUGGACAAAGCUGACCACGAUAUCAUCAAGAAGAUUGAGAAGAUUCGUCUUCUUCUGGACGAGGGCCGGAAACUGUAUCGCUCCACCGAUCAAGUGUCCAAAAACACUUACUCUUACCUAAGAGAGCGACUGUCCUCUAGCGCUGGUAAUGAUAACAGGUACACCACCUUGGCCGAACAGCUAAGACAGAGGAUUACUGAUAUCAAGAUUAAAAUUGACCGUCAACUCCGGUUACUGGACGCUCUGAAGUCGCAGGUCAAAGAUCAAGUUGUUGUAAUUCAGCGACUUGAGGUCGACAUUGACAUCAAACUACGCACAUGCAAGGGCUCUUGCGCCAGCUACACUGAGUUCUCGGUGGACAGGGAGAGCUAUGUGACUCUGGAUAAGCAAAUGGACCAACUCAACUCUUUGCGUGUCCAGAACGUGGAGACCGUUAGUUCUCUGGGAAUCAUGAAGAGCAGGCCAUUGAAGGACUUGGUGUUACCCUCCAUAUAUAAAAGCGGAACAGGCAAAGCUGAGCAGAAGCAGCUCCUCUUUGGAGACGUGGGUCAGAUGAAGCUUACUCUGGAGGCGGAGGGUUCCACUGCCGAAUCUGCCGCCACUGUUAGCAAGUUCCCUAUAUCAGGUACGGGCUCAGCUUCUUCCUCUACAUCACAUACCUCUACCUCCACCUCCACCAUCAAGCAGUGCACCAAGUCAGUGCGCAAGGUGACAACACACACCAAAGACGGCCCCGUGGAGAAGAUUGAGGUUACGACUAGCGGGCCCGGGUGUGAAGAUUUAGAAAAAAUGGGAAUUUCAGAUUCAGAGUUUUUGACGGCAGCCAAAGAAGGGAAAGAUCUGAACCGUGACGGAGUCAGAAUAACCGUGAGUGGUGGGAAAGAAAAGUCCAUGACUUCUCUCAGUCACGGCACAGAUGGCCUGGGUGAAUUCAGUGAUGGUUUCUUCACGGGUCUUGGCACUGAUAAGCAAAGGCUCUCCUCAUCUUCAUCCUCUUCCUCUUCCUCAUCGUCAUCUUCCACGAAAACGGUUGUGUCAGAUGGAAGCAAGGGUUAUUCAAAGACCACCCUCUCUAGUGACCCGUUUUUUGGGGAUGACCUUGGGGCGUUCAUGCCUGGCGACGUGGAAGAGGAUCUACCCGACAUCCACGCACGAAGUGUGAAAUCGCGCGACGAGCGCAAGGCUGGCUUUGUCGGUGGAGAUUGCGCUGAAAUCCUGCAGAAGCAUGCAAAUGGCGGUCAGAGCGGCCUGUUCAAAAUAAAGCCUGCUGGGUCGGAGGAGGUAGUAGAGGUUUUCUGUGACCAGGGCACUGGGUUGGGAGGCUGGACUCUGGUUCAGCAGAGGGAGGAUGGGUCUGUUAACUUCAAUCGCACUUGGAAGGAGUAUCGAAAUGGUUUUGGCCAGUUAGACCAGCAGGGUAAGGGCGAGAUCUGGAUCGGCAAUAAAUUCCUACACCUUCUCACUCAGAAUGAGAGUAUUCUAAGAGUGGAGCUGCAGGACUGGGACGGAAAUGAGGCCUACGCAGAAUACAGUGUUAAAGUUGGCUCGGAGGCCAAAGGCUUUCCGCUGACUGUGUCAGAUUACAUGGGUGAUGCAGGUGAUGCGUUAGUGCAAGGUCAGCCUAAACUCAGAGCCUUCCUAUCACAUGCUGGCAUGAAGUUUAGCACCUUUGAUAGGGACAGCGAUAAGUGGGAGGAGAACUGUGCGGCGAUGUAUGGUGGAGGGUGGUGGUACAAUAAUUGCCAGUCGGCCAACCUUAAUGGGAUUUACUAUAAAGGAGGCCAGUACGACCCUGGCACCAAAGUCCCUUAUGAGAUUGAGAAUGGUGUUGUGUGGCUGCCUUUCAAACCAGCUGAUUACUCCCUCAAAGUAGUGAGAAUGAAGAUCAGACCAGUCUAAAAAUGAAAAAUGAUGGGGAAAAGGACAGAUAUACAGCCAUAGUUUUGAAUGAUCUGCUUGUCAUUAUGUGAGGACGUCAUGUUGCCUUGUACACUUUCACACAACAGCUUACCUCAUGUUUCCAAUAAAAAUGUGUUCACUUAAA